ACCCUUUUUCUGCAUGGACUAGUCCUCCCACCCUUCCCGUGAUGCUGUGGAAGCGGAAGUAAACAGGAGACCGCCAUUUUGCAGCAGGCUGGUCCGAGUGCAGCCAUCAAGAUGGCGACAUCAGUGACCUUGGAGGACGCCCUGUCCAACGUUGACCUUCUCGAGGACAUCGCUCUCCCCGAUCAGCAGCCAUGUAUCGAACCGCCACCUGCUUCUAUUGUUUACCAGGCCAACUUUGACACCAACUUUGAGGAUAGAACAGCCUUUGUCACUGGUAUUGCCAAAUUUAUGGAGGAGGCCACAGUUCAUGCAAAACUGAACGAGAUGCUGGAGGAAGGUGAUGAGUAUGCAGUGAUGCUGUACACCUGGAGGAGCUGCUCUCGAGCCAUCCCCUCCAUCAAGAGUAACGAGCAGCCGAACCGAGUCGAGAUCUACGAGAAAACAGUGGAGGUUCUCGAGCCGGAGGUCACCAAACUCGUCAACUUCAUGUACUUCCAGAAGCGAGCAGUGGACUGGUUCUGUGAGGAGAUCAAGCGGCUGUGUCACCAAGAACGAAGACGAGACUUUGUUUCCGAAGCUCACCUUCUCACGCUCGGGAAGUUUAUCAACAUGUUCGCCGUGCUCGACGCCCUCAAAAACAUGAAGAGCAGCGUCAAGAAUGACUACGCUCAAUACAGGAGGGCGGCGGGUUUCCUGAAGAAGAUGGCUGACCCGCAGUCCAUCCAGGAGUCACAGAACCUGUCCAUGGUGCUGGCCAACCACGACAAGAUCACCAACACCCUGAAGGAGAAGCUGGAGACCAUCCCGGGCUACGAGGAGAUCCUGGCUGACGUCAUCAACAUCUGUCUUACUUACCUGGACACGCGCAUGUACGUCACACCUGAGGAGAAACACGUGCUGUUCAAGGUGAUGGGGUUCGGCCUGUACCUGAUGGACGGGACCCAGUCUAACAUCUACAAACUGGACAGCAAGAAGAGAAUCAGCCUGUCCAAGAUAGACAAGUACUUCAAGCAACUCCAAGUGGUGACUCUGUUCGGCGACAUGCAGAUCCCGCUCUACAGCUACAUCACCAAGUCUCCCCACUACGAGGAGAACAAGUCACGAUGGACAUGCACGGCAACCAAUAACAGCCCUUCUUACAACAUCCUGGAGCAGCUGCAGCCAAUCAGAGAGGAGCACACAAAGUACAUCAGUGAGUUGGCGAGGCACAGCAAUGAGGUUGUGACGACAGCGCAGAAGGACAGCCCGCGCACAGACGAGGAGAAUAAGGAGCUGUGCGACCUGGCCCUGCGGGGGGUCCAGCUGCUGUCCUCAUGGACUGUGCAACUCAUGGAACUGUACUCCUGGAAACUGGUCCAUCCCACCGACAACUUCUCCAACAAAGACUGCCCAAAGGAAGCCGAGGAAUAUGAGCGGGCGACCCGGUACAACUACGACACAGACGAGAAGUUUGCGUUUGUGGAGGUGAUCGCGAUGAUUAAAGGCCUCCAGCUGUUGAUGUCGCGCAUGGAGAGCGUGUUUAAUGAGGCGAUUCGGAGGAACAUCUACGCAGACCUGCAGGACUUCGUACAGAUCGUGCUGAGGGAGCCGCUGAGGCAGACUGUCAAGAAGAAGAAAACUCUCAUCAAGAGCAUCCUGACAUCGAUCCGUGACACGUGUGUGGACUGGAUGCGGGGGAUGGAGCCGACCGACGACCCCUGUCUGAAGGGCGAGAAGGACCCAAAGUCCGGGUACCAGAUCCACGUGCCGCGCAGAAACGUCGGGCCGUCCUCAACACAGCUGUACAUGGUACGGACCAUGCUUGAGUCACUCAUAGCGGACCGAGGCGGCCCGUCAUCCAAGAAGACACUACGGAAGGAAAUGGACGGGAUGGCGCUGACUUCGCUGGACGGAUUCCACAAGCAGUCCUUCUUCUACACGCACCUGCUCAACUUCUCAGAAACCCUGCAGAAGUGCUGUGACCUAUCCCAGCUGUGGUUCCGAGAGUUUUACCUGGAGCUGACGAUGGGACAGAGGAUCCAGUUCCCCAUUGAGAUGUCCAUGCCCUGGAUCCUGACUGAUCACAUUUUGGAGACCAAGGAACCCUCUAUGAUGGAAUACGUGCUGUACCCACUGGACCUGUACAACGACAGCGCCCACUAUGCGCUGACCAAGUUCCGUAAGCAGUUCCUGUACGACGAAGUGGAGGCAGAAGUCAACCUGUGCUUCGACCAGUUUGUCUACAAGCUUAGCGACCAGAUCUUCACCUACUACAAGGCACAGGCAGCAAGCAUCAUGUUGGACAAGCGUUUCCGAGCUGAGUGCGCACAGCAUGGCAUACAGAUCCCCUACCCGCCAGCCAACCGCUACGAGACGCUACUCAAACAGAGACAUGUGCAGAUCCUUGGACGAUCGGUGGACCUGAACCGGCUUAUCACCCAGCGCAUCAGCACCGCCAUGCAGAAGUCUCUUGAUGUCGCCAUCGGAAGGUUCGAGAGUGGAGACCUUACAGGCAUCGUGGAACUGGAGUGUCUGACCGAGGUGAACAGACUGACCCACAAGCUCCUGUCCGAGCACGUGUCGCUGAUGGACUUCGAGGCGAUGUUCCGAGAAGCGAACCACAACGUCUCGGCGCCGUACGGCAGGAUUACGCUUCACGUCUUCUGGGAGCUGAAUUAUGACUUCCUGCCAAACUACUGUUACAACAACUCCACAAACAGAUUUGUGCGAGCAGUGUUUCCCCUGUCCCAGGAGGUGAACAGAGAGAGGGCCCCGCCCAACACACCGCAGGACGUCUACGGCACAAAGGUUCUGAACAACGCCUACGGCCACAUCUACAACCUGUACACCGGGUUUGUGGGGUCGCCUCACUUCCGUGCCAUCUCCCAUCUCCUUGGUUACCAGGGCAUCGCCGUGGUGAUGGAGGAACUGCUCAAGAUCAUCAAGAGCCUGAUCCAGGGCAGCAUCAGACAGUAUGUGAAGACCUUGAUGGACUCCAUGCCGAAGAUCUGCAAACUGCCCCGGUUUGACUACGGAUCCCCGGCGGUGUUGGAGUACUACUACGCCCAGCUGCAAGACAUCAUCAACUACCCGGAGCUGAAGACCGAAGUGUUCCAGAGUUUCCGGGAGGUCGGCAACGCUGUGCUCUUCUGUCUGCUGUGUGAGCAGAGCCUGUCCCAGGAGGAGGUUCGAGACUUGCUACAUGCAGCUCCAUUCCAGAACAUCAUUCCAAGGCAGUAUGUGAAAGAGGGAGAGAAACCAGAGGCCAAGAUGAAGAAGUUGGAACAGAAGUACCAGGCACUGCAGGUGACGUCUGUCAUUGAGAAGCUGGGGACGCCUCAGCAAGCAGCCAUAGCUCGAGAGGGAGACCUCCUCACUAAAGAACGACUGUGCUGCGGCCUCUCCAUGUUUGAGAUCAUCCUGACCCGGAUCAAGACCUUCCUGGAGGACCAGAUCUGGCAUGGCCCCCCUCCCGCGAACGGGGUCAUGAACAUCGACGAGUGCACCGAGUUCCAUCGGCUCUGGAGCGCCAUGCAGAUCGUCUACUGCAUGCCUGUGGGCGAGAACGAGUUCACGGUCGAACAAUGUUUUGGAGACAGUCUGAACUGGGCAGGCUGCCUGAUGACCAUCCUUCUCGGCCAGCAGAGAAGAUUCGAGGCGCUCGACUUCGCCUACCACAUCCUGAAGAUCAACAAGGCCGACCUGAAGGAUGAUGUCAUCAAGGGAGUGAACCUGCGUCGGAUGUGCGACCGUAUAAGGAAGUUCCAGAUCCUGAACACGCAGAUUUUCGCUACAGUCAACAAAUACCUGAAGUCAGGCGACGCAGACAGCCUGCCAGUGGAGCAUGUGCGCUGCUUCCAGCCUCCCAUCCACCAGUCUCUCGCUAGCUCAUGCUAGAUCUGCUAGUUAAGGCUAGGUACUGUAUGCUAAUCCAUGCUAGAUAUGCUAAUAUGCUAGAUAUGUGAGGUCUGACUAAACUUGCAAGAUCAGGCUAGAUUUGCUAGCUCAGACUUGUUGGGCUAGCCCAUGCUAGUCUGGCUAGCUCAUGCUAGUUUGGCUAGCACAGGUUAGAUUAACCAGCCCAGGUUAGAUCUGCUAGUUCAAGCUAGGUCUGCUAGGUCAAGCUAGGUCUGCUAGGUCAGCCUAGACUCCCUAGGCAAUAAGAACCUUAUUUUAGCCUCCUAUUCACCAGUUACUAAUCAUGCUAACUUCCUGCUAAGUCAGGCUUCUUGUCAUGCUAACUUUGGUAUUUAGUGUUUAUCUUUUUAGCUAGAUACAAACCAAGUGUAGCUCAUUAUUGUCAGUCAGUCCAUGGCUAAGCCCUUGCUAUUGUUCCUCCUAGGCAGUUAUUGUCUAGCUUUAGCUACUUUCAGCGUCGGCUUGGGAGCCAAGACGCCACAGAUACCAUUAAUUAAUCUUUGAUGCAAAAUUUGUUCAGUUGCCUAACGAUGGUGAAAAUCAUGUCCAUUAAUUGUGAUGGUAGAGCUGAUAUUGCUUUGAAACAAACAUGCCCACAGAGCUGUGAGAGAUAUAUUUGUCUCAAUUGACAAUGUGGCAUACAUACAUGAUACUUCUAUGUUAAGGUAUAGCUGCAAUGUAUUAUCAUUAUAGCAUUCCGCAACACCAUUUGUAAGAUAUAGUACAAUGUAAUUCCAUAGCCCCAAGUCAGGCUGUAUGGAAAGCUGAAAAGAGACAAGAAUGAGGAUGUGCCAGGCUCAUUGCUAAGGUGUAUGGAUAUGAGAGUCUGAGGUAAGAAGUGGGUGGUGGGAAAAACAUACUGAAGUCUCAGAGCACUGCUGUAUGGGUCAGGAGAUGCCAAGCUUGGUGCAGGAUAAUUGUACCGCUGAUGCCACGCGUACGUAACGCCGCCUGUGCCACUGUGGACUGCAGUAUUGCACGGGGAAUUUUGCCAUAUUGCUACAAUGUGAGAAUUGCCAUACGUAGUGUUAGCUUUUUACAACUUAAUGUAUACAUACAGGUACUACUUGUCAUUGUAACCAUCAUGCAUAAUGUUAUGGUAUGAUUUAAUACUACAUUUUCCAUUUUGUACAUGUACUGGUAUGUAAAGUUACAUUUUGUUCCCAUGUUUUCAAGAAAAUGUCCGUUAUGAAUUCUCAAAAUGUUUUGUUGAAAUUGCUAUUGUGUACAAAGGGGGUUUUGCCAGUCUAUAUGUAAUAAUUAGUAAUAUGUGUUUUUGUUUGGAGGUAGGUGGGACUAGGUAUGUUUAACUUAGUGGUGUUUACUUUGCUACAUCUAACUCAGAGGGUUGCUAUGGUUGCACUUAUUUGAUUGGCAGCCAGUAUUCAUAAUUUGAUACAUGUAGUUGGAUUGACAGAAUUUCACCCUUGGCAUAUUUUUGUGAUAUAACACAGUAUGAUUUAUCUGAACACUGUUAAGGGAAUAAGAACACAGGAAAUCCAUGGUGUCGCUCUGCAAUGCAUACAGACACAUAAGAUUCAGUGAAUUUAUCCACAUGUAUGAUAUUUAAAUUUCCUGCACUUGUUUGCAUUACAACAUUCCUUCUGAUCCCCACCUACUUCAUUAAGGUGUAUUUUUGUUCCUUUUUUAUAAUGUACAUGACAUGGCAUACAUACAUGAUAACUGUAAGUGCAGAAUCUCUGUAUGAUGUUUCCUUGUUUUAUUUCUAGGCAAGAUCUUUGUAGUACUAUUAAUAGGCUAUGUUGCCAAAGGUUUGGGUAUUUGUUUAAGUGUACAUCAUGCAUGGUAUUGAUAAGGAAAUAUAACCGUAAAUACACAGAA